GAACUUUUGUCGUCCCGGGAUUCCACGAGCCUUGCGUUGAACUUGGAGGGAAGGAGACCAUCAAAAGCGCAAUUUCAGGACAGCCAGUACUUGUCGACAUGUACCGACCCAGAAGACAUUGCUGCGCUCAAGAAUUUGCUUUUAACUUCCAUGGAUACCUCAUGA